UGAUUUUGUCAAAAUUGAAUUUUCUAUACUCACUUCUGAGAAAAAUGGGUGAAGGAGAGUAUGGAAAACAUCAAAAAGAAUCAACAAAGAUAUCUAAAUCUAAGGAAGAAAUUGUGAAGGAAAUUCAAGUAUUGGACUGGGAAGAUGAGAGAGAACAUUUUUCUUCAAGAAUGUAUUACAUUCUUGCUUUGAUGCAAAUAUGUUUGUCUUUCAAUGGAUUAUUUGCAUGUCCGUUGGCCACUCUGAACCAUGGUGGAAUAACUUUCUUCAUACCCUACACCCUAUUCACCAUCCUAUUCGGAUAUCCAAUACACUUCAUGGAGUGUUCAUUGGGGCAAUACUCCCAACUUGGACCAGUGAAAGUAUGGAACUGUGUACCUCUCGCAAGAGGAAUUGGUCUAGCCAGUAUCUUCCUCUGUCUCAUCGUAGCCUUCUACAACAACGUCUACGCCAUCUAUGCCGUCAUGUACUUCUCCAGAUGUUUCGAUAAAACCCUACCUUGGUCAGACUGUGACUAUGUUUCAUACAACAACAAGAGCUGUGUGCCUAGAAUGGCUGUCUUGGAUACAGGACAGAUGACACCAUCCCAGCAUUACUUCUACGACCAUAUCUUGCAGUUGGAUCUCACAGAACACGUUGGACAUUACCACUUUGGAGGUUUCAUUUGGCAGCAAGGUGUUGCUUUUAUUUACUCUUGGUUUGUGGUUUAUUUAGGCGUUUUCCAGAAUAUCAAGAGUUUAGAGAGAGUACUUCCUCUUUGUGUUGGUAUUCCGUUAUUUGGUCUCCUUGUAUUUUUGUCAAUAGGAGUUCAGUUACGCGGAGCUUUCCGUGGUUUAAUUCCUUUUUUCUCCCCUACUAAUUUUCUCAAAUUGAGAAGUAUCUCCACCUGGUCCACUGCUGCAGAAAUAGUUUUGAUGCAAUUAGGAAUAGCACAAGGCACUUUAAUCAUGUAUGGCUCCUAUGCUUAUCACAGGAAUAAGACGCAAAAUGAUUCUAAAAGUAUUAUAUGUACAAACUAUGCAAUUUCGUUAGGAACUUCCUUUAUCGUUUGGCUUUUCCUUGGCUCUCUAGUUUCUGAAAGAAAUUCACCGCCCAAUCAUCCAUAUGAGUUGGGAGAUUUCAGUUUUGUGUUCGUGAUAUUGUCUGAAGUUUUAGGAAGGUUGAGUGGAGCUAGAAUUUGGUGUAUUAUUCUGUACGUGCUGAUAUUUAUUUCUUGCAUGAAUUCUCAAAUAGCCUUGAUUCAAACUGUGGUUUGUAGUAUAUACGACCAGUGUCCACAAUUGGUUGAAGUGCGAAGUCUCAUCAACCUCGCUCUAUGCAUGCUUUUUGCCUGUUUUGGCAUUCUGAUGUGUACAAAAAACAGCUGGGUGUUGCUUCAGUCGUUCUACGAAAUCCCAGACUUAGUAUCCAGAACACCGAUCGCAUCUUUAACGGUUGCAGUUAUCGUUCUCAUCUACGGAGUCAAUAAGUACUGCGAGGAUCUACAUUUUUUAAUUGAUUAUUAUCCCUCAUUCGUAAUGAGGUUGUUAUUUUACGUGGCUCCCUUCCUGAUGUUGGGGCUGUAUCUUGGAAAUAACUGGAAGUUGUUUUAUCCCUUUUCUGACGGCGAUUUUUCUCUCUUCAAGUUCCUUCUCUAUCUGAUACUGAUCUGGAAACCAAUCGGCUUUUUAUAUUGGGUCUUACGGUCUGCUAUUAAUGGGAAGCUGAAGGAUUGUUGGAGGUCGUUGGAAAGUUGGGGACCUGGCAAUGAAAAGGCACGCAUUGCAAGGGCGUUUUUUUCAUCGGAGAGCAAGGUAACUCUGUCCAUGCCGUGGAGAAAGAAAGUAGAAGAUUGAGAUGGAUCGGGGAAAAAAUUGAUAUACUGAACUGGACGGGUUGGGUUUUAUUCAAUGUAUGGUUUUUAUUUGCUGUUAAAUAAAUGUUUUUUAUUUUGU